AUGGCGGAGGACGAAGCUCUACUCCCUCCCCAAUACCCAGGCGACGAUACCCGACCAACAAGCAAGAAAGAGCUGGCGGGAUGGUACAGCUAUGGCUGGGCAGCGGAGGUGUUCACGGUGUGCGCCAUGGGUAUGGAUUGCUCCUCCAGCAUUGAUGUCGUCCAAAGGAUGGCGCGGGAUCGAGGCUUUCUCGUAUCCGACAAGACUACCCGAUGUAGCUCCAGUUGGGAUGCUUCACACCCGUCCAUCGUUCGUGUAGCUUCUCGAGGUCCCGAGUCGAGCCAAUGCGUUGUCUAUGUCCUUGGCAUUGAAAUCAAUACUGCAAGUUUUGCCAUGUACACAUUCUCAGUGAGCGUGUUAUUACAGGCGUUGCUCAUCAUUUCCAUGUCUGGAGCGGCCGACCAUGGCAGUUAUCGCAAACUGCUCUUGGUCGUGUUUGCAUGCGUGGGCUCCGUUUCGACGAUGCUGUUCCUAGCUGUGAAGCCUGAAGUGUAUCUUCUCGGGGCGCUUUUGGCGAUCAUUGCAAACACGUGUUUUGGAGCGUCUUUUGUGCUUUUGAACUCAUUCCUUCCAGUCCUUGUCCGCCACCAUCCUGCUGUGUUGGACACAGGAGUCGAGGCAGUCUCUGCACAUGUCGGCGAAGGAGGCUCGCAGUCAUAUAACGAGACUGAUGAUUGCGACUCUGCCUUGGAGCCCGACGUCCAUUCCCCGUUACUUCAGUCACAGCGUGAUUCGAAUAUUAGAGCUUCAGCAUCACAACUUCCUGGUCCUACGGUGCACCCUGGAUCCUCUACUGCGUUGCAAUUAUCGACCCGGAUCUCAUCAUAUGGCAUGGGUAUAGGGUAUAUUGGAUCCGUCAUCUUGCAGAUCAUAUGUAUCGUUGUCGUCAUGGUGACCCAUCAGACCACCUUCUCAUUGCGGCUCGUUCUCUUCUUGAUCGGACUGUGGUGGUUUGUUUUCACAAUCCCGGCAAUUCUGUGGUUAAGACCCCGGCCCGGCCCUCCUCUUCCCUUUACUGGUUUUGGCAAGCGUCGUCGCACAUGGUUGGGCUACAUGGCAUAUUCCUGGAAGUCGCUUGGCCAGACGAUUGUUCGCGCUCGUCGCCUCAAAGACGUUGGCCUCUUUCUUGCGGCGUGGUUUCUCCUGAGUGAUGGGAUCGCUACCGUGAGCGGAACGGCUGUUCUCUUUGCCAAAACCCAGCUCGAGAUGCAACCUGCCGCGCUGGGACUGAUCAGUGUGAUUGGAACCAUUUCUGGCGUCUGUGGCGCAUUUUCGUGGAGUUAUGUCUCCCGCUUGCUGAAGCUCCGGACAACGCAUACCAUCAUCGCCUGCAUCUGUCUCUUCGAGCUCAUCCCAUUGUACGGUCUGCUGGGAUUCGUCCCCGCUGUUCAGAAUUGGGGUUUUCUUGGUCUGCAGAACCCCUGGGAGAUGUUCCCAUUAAGCGCUAUUUACGGUCUCGUUAUGGGUGGCUUGUCUUCGUACUGUCGGAGUUUCUUUGGGGAAUUGAUUCCCCCGGGUUAUGAGACGGCGUUCUAUGCCUUGUACGCCAUCACGGACAAAGGCUCGAGCGUGUUCGGACCCGCCAUUGUUGGGCUUAUUACCGACCGUUAUGGCGAAAUCCGACCUGCAUUUGCCUUUCUUGCCCUCUUGGUCUUCUGUCCUCUACCUAUCAUGCUCCUCGUAGAUGUGGAUCGAGGCAAACGCGACGCCCUCGCCCUCGCAGCUGAGCUGGAAGGCCGGCCAACAGGGAACGGGCCCGGAUAUCAGACCGUUCCUACCAUCCAGCUCGUAGACGAGGAGAACGAGGCAGGAUCGGGUCGUGAGGGGAUGGGUCCAGACUCGACUUAUGCCUCGGACUGA